AUGUUGACUAGGGAGUACCGCUGCUGCGGAACAGAGGAGCUGGAACUGGAGCCUGGGCUGAGUCUGAAAAAAGCCGGAUCCAGAUGGUGGCCCCGGAACAGCUGGAAGUGGAAGAUGGAGGAGCCCCGGGAAUCUGCGGGCAGUGGGCAUUCCCUGCCCCCGGUUUACAUCUAUAGUCCCGAGUAUGUCAGCAUGUGCGGUUCCCUGGCCAAAGUCCCCAAACGGGCCAGUAUGGUACAUUUUUUGAUUGACACAUAUGCACUACAUAAGCAAAUGAGAUAA